AUGAAACUUGCUGCCGCGUUUGCUCUGUUUGAUGAUCUCAGCGCCGCCGUGCGUGUGGCAUUUUGGCCUACAUUGAAGGAUAUCUGCCACGAUCCUGCUCUAAUUUUUCACAUUUCGCGUACCUUCAUGGCGCACGUAUGGUCUGCUUUUGCCGCACCCACUGAUGAAAAUGGUCGAUUGGUCAAACAAUCUCUUCUCCUUCCAAACGCCACAGGUACCGUUCUAGAUAUAGGUGCAGGUUUUGGACAUACUAUUCAAUAUCUGGAUUGUUCCAAGGUCACUAAAUACGUCGCUCUAGAACCAAACAUUCAGAUGCACUCUAGAAUCCGCGAUACAGCUGAAUGUGCAGGAUUUCACGAAUCUGACGGAUCACUAGUCAUUCUCUCUUGCGGUGCUGAAGAUACUCUUGAGAUUCUCAAAGUCUUGGGCGACCCUUAUCCUGUGGACACGAUUACAUCUGUUCUGACGCUUUGCUCUAUUCCCUCACCCAAGCGUGUCAUUACUUCGCUUGUCAAAGAUGUACUCAAACCUGGUGGACAGGUGCUUUUUUACGAACACGUUCUGAGCCCGCGAGCCGAUGUUGCUUGGUGGCAACGCUUUUGGACACCUUUGUGGAGCAUUUUUUUAGAUGGCUGCCGCUUAGACUGCCCUACCCAUCUACACAUUGAGGAGAUGAAGUACACUGAUGAUAUGGGUAAUGAGGUUAGUAUGUGGGAUGGGGGCGAAACAUGGGGAAAACCUGAUGAGUCUGAAGAAAAUCUAUGGUGGCAUCAAGCCGGACGAUUCGUCAAACAUGUUCAGUGA